AUGUACAGUGUACCUAAACAACAUUGUUACACGUGCCUAAUCUUAUCUGAACGCACUUUUUCAUCGAUAGAUAUAAUUUCGAGCGUGGCGAUGCUGGCGCAAAGACCAACGAGAAUCGUUGGAGGAAAAGACGCGGAGAAAGGGUUGCAUCCUUGGCAGAUUUCGGUGCAUUGGGGUGACCGAGAACGAAAAAUUCCAUCGAGACACAUCUGCGGCGGUAGUUUAGUGACAGCUGGAUGGAUUUUAACUGCGGGACAUUGCAAAACUCUGGCACCUCCAGUAGGAGAAUUUCACAUCUUUGCUGGGAAAUAUAAAUUGGAGGCUGUUGAGGAAACCGAGCAAAGUAGAUUAGUGAAUAGAGUAUUCGUUCAUUCACAAUACGAUGGGAGCAUAGGACCGUACGACAUUGCACUGAUGCAAGUGGAAUAUCCACUCGAGUUAAAUCCUUUUGUUUCAACCGUUUCUUUACCGUAUCCAGAUACUAUUCCUACUGGAGAGGCGAUGUUAACCGGCUGGGGAAGUAUUGGAAGGACUCGUGUUCACGAAAAGCCUGAGAAUCUUCAAGCAGCUAUACUCCCGAUUAUUGAUUACGAUGUGUGCGAGCAAGCAGUAACUAAAUCGUUAAAACCGAAGGAAAAGAAUCCUCUACAUCCGACGAAUAUUUGUACAGGGCCUCUGAACGGCAGCCUGUCUGCUUGCAAAGGCGAUUCGGGAGGGCCAUUAAUCACGAGAAACGGGUUUGGCGAAGCAGAAGUGGUGGGAGUCGUUUCAUGGGGUUUAUUCCCCUGCGGCGGAAAGAACGCGCCUUCCGUCUACACGAGAGUGUCCGCCUUCGUCACGUGGAUCAGUAUGAUCAUGUUAAAUUAUUCUUAAAUGAUACCGACGGAUUGUUAU